AUGACUCCUGUUCAAGCCUCUACAAUUCCUCUAUUCAGGGCUAAUAAGGAUGUUGUAGUCGAGGCUGUCACUGGCAGUGGCAAGACGCUGUCAUUCUUAAUUCCCAUCCUAGAGAAAUACACUCAGCUACACUCCCAACUCCAGCCAUCCGAUGUCUUCUCCCUGAUCAUCACCCCCACACGCGAAUUAGCCAUUCAAACGUACAAUCAACUCCAACUAAUCCUCUCUGCUGCCCCUUUCAACCCUCCUCCUCCCCUUCUACUCGUCUCUGACCCUGAUUCCUCCGUUCACGACGACCGCAAGCGCUUCUCCACACUCAACUCACACAUCCUCAUUGGUACUCCUGGUAGAGUUGAGGAAUUCAUCGGCGGCAAUAAAGGUACAAAAGGCCGCGGUAAAGGUACUGGCAGGUAUUCCAAUUUCGAAGUCUUAGUCCUCGAUGAGGCUGAUAGACUCCUUGAUUUGGGUUUCAUGGGUGUGCUCAAGUCCAUUGUCUCACACCUACCCAAGCAAAGACGCACAGGUCUCUUCUCUGCCACCAUGACCGACCAGUUAGGCAACUUGAUAGCCGUAGGACUGCGCAAUCCGAGCAAAAUUGUCGUCAAGGUGACUAGCAAAUCACGCAAACAAGAAAUAUCGGAGAGGCGCACACCAGCAGAGCUACACAAUACCUAUAUUAUCAUUCAACAGCGCGAUAAAUUGGCUUAUCUGCUAAAAUUCCUCAAGGACCAACUAUUAGACGGUAAUAACAAGAUGAUAGUUUACUUCCCCACAUGUGCCACUGUAGACUAUAUUUACACCAUCCUCAAGCAAUUACCGGGGAGUUAUGCGCCGUCGUCAUCUUCCACCACCUUGCACAGCCUCCACGGCCACAUCCCCCCACCCAAGCGCACAGCCGCACUCACCGCCUUCACUAAUGCACCCUCAGCCAUCCUUCUCUGUACAGAUGUAGCAGCGCGUGGAAUAGACUUGCCAGAUGUAGACAUAGUAGUGCAAUGGGAAGCACCUGCGGAUACGCGCUCCUUCUCGCACCGGGUGGGCCGGACCGCUCGAGCGGGAGCGCGAGGCAAGGCCUUGCUGAUGUUAUCUGCGGGUAGCGAAGAGGGAUAUGUGGAGUUUGUACGUGGGCGGCAGAUCCCCCUAACGCCACACGCGCCCAUCACACUCACGGAUGCACCCGACGCAGAUGAGUUGUGUGGGCGUGUGCGCAGUGUGCUUCUACGCGAUAGGAAACUGCACGAUAUGGCCGUCAGGGCACUCACGUCUACUGUGCGCGCCUAUUCGAAACAUGAACAGGUGUUUCUGUUCCGCGUUCAACAACUAGAUAUUGCGGGGCUGGCUACCGCUCUUGGCCUUCUACGUCUGCCUAAAAUGCCCGAAUUGAGGGGGCGUGAUGACCUCGCCGCGUGGCGCGAUGAGCCUGUAGAUUGGGAUACUUACGCUUACGCUGACUCCGCACAGGAAGCUAAGCGUCUCAAGAAGCGGGAUGAGAGUAAGAACGAGAAUGAGCUCAAACAUCCCUCCAAACCACUCAAAGCUGAGGCUUGGUCCGUCAAGAAAGGCAACCGCGAUAAACGCUCCUCUCAGAAAGAGAAGCGCGAGGCUAAACGGAGGCAUGAUAAGGCUGAGAGGAUGAAGCAGCGUGAGGUUGGCAGCGCUGACAGCGCUGAUAGCGCCGAAGAAAAAGAAGAAGAACAGGACUGGAAAGCUCACAUCCUCGAGACACGUGAGGCCAAGAAACUGAAACGACGCAAGUUGGACAAGCAGCAGGAUAAAGACGAGGAUGCAAUGGAAAUGGAUGACGAUGAGGAUGUAAAUGGAAACGGCAAUGGUUUCACAUUCGACGAUCUCUAA